AUGGUCAACACGCACACAGACCGGAGUCUGGUGCUGGUGUGGAAACACCCUGAGCCUGAUGCUUGCAUCUUCCACGUGAAGGUGGAGUACUUUGAUCCUACAACACCCAUGCUCGAGCCAGAGGAGACCAAGACCAUCAAAUGUUCAGGGCUUGCCUUCCAUUUCGGCGCCCGCGAUGAUCCAAAAAAAAGUUUGGCCUUUACUGCAAGAGUGUCCGUGGAGGCAGCACGUGCGGAUGACCCAGACAGGCGCAGCGAUGCCGUGAGGGCACAGAUCACGAUGGAUGAUGGGCUGUCAGCGGAUGAUGGCAAAGCUGACCUGGAAAAGCACAUGAGGGAUCUCUCAGUUGAGCUUGAUGUGUUUCGGCAGGCUCGUGGAAGGCAACUGUGCGCUCUGGUUGUGGGGCCGAAUCACCACGGCAAGUCUAGCUUCAUCAACCAUGUGUACCGAUGCUGUGCCACUAAUUUGGAGGUCAAUGACCAGCUGGACACGGCUCCUGCUGGCUCAGCGGAGAACACCCAAGAGACCUUGACUGUGCGCAUGAAGGGCCUUAGCUUGGUUGACACACCUGCUCUGCCCAAUAUGAGCACUGAUGCGGUGGAGGCGUUGCAGGCCUUGCUGGCAGGAGCUGUUGAUGAUGGCGCCCGCCGCCGAGAUUUCGCAAAGCGUCAGUGCUACUUCCAAGAGCCUCCCCACGCAGCCAUUCUGUUGAUGUCACUUUGCCAUUGGAGGGAUCAGCCAGAGGAGAUGUACGGCUACCUCGCUGCAGUUGCACAGGUGAUGAAGAAUGCCUCAAACGGGCAAGUGACCUUCCCCUUUGUCGUCCUCGCAACUCACCGGGACAAGUUCCUCUUCCGCUCCAGCCACGCAAAGCCUCAUGAAGAGCUGAAGGGGGCUUUGGAGAGCAUCAGGAAGGCAGCCAACACCCAGCAUGUCUUCGCAAUUGCCAACUACAUGAGUGACAGCGCGGCAAGCAGCAGCGUGAACCUUACUAGCAUUCAGAGGGGAGAGAGGGGUGGGGGAGGUUGGAAAAAGUGGAAAAUACUACAGGAGGUGUAG